AGGCUAAUAAGGAAAUAAAAAGAGCAGCAUACAAACUUUCAUUAUUGCGCUCUCAGAACCUGCUGCAGAGAACAGAGAGAAAAGCCAACAAGAAGAGAUGGGGAGCAGCUGUCCUUGACCUCUCUAAGCACUAGAGAGAGACUGAGAGAGAGGCUGUAGAGAGAUGAUAGGAGGGUGUAAUCUGAAGCAGGCAGCAAAGAAACUGGCACUCUCUUGUAUCUCUGUCUCAUCCAGGAAGGAGGAGAGUCAGGAUACUGUGCUGCCCAUAGAAGCGAAGAACUCCGGCGGUCAAGAGAUUGAGAAUGACGCAGAGGGAAAUCUUGAUGGACUACUGCAGGACGAAGAAGCCAGCGGUUCAAUAAAGAACUGUGCUAUAUGCCUGGAGCCCCUGCUCUCCGGCCAGCAGGCCAUCUUCACGGCUCAAUGCUCCCAUGCCUUCCACUUCCUCUGCAUCUCCUCCAACGUCCAGCACGGCAGCACCACCUGCCCGAUCUGCCGAGCCCAGUGGAGCUACCUCCCUCGCCAACUCGGUCCAAAAUUUCCCCUCCCCCUCCAUGAGAAUGACCCCAUUCUCAGAAUCCUGGAUGACUCCAUUGCCACAUUCCGCGUCCAUCGCCGCUCCUCUCACAGAUCAGCCAGAUAUGAUGAUGACGACCCAGUAGAACCAGAUCCUGUAUCUGACCAUCCUCGUCUUAACCUCAACCUCAUUCCAAUACCUUCACAACCACUGCCACCGCCGGACUUUUCGCCGAGAAGAGUCAUGCCAUUGUCCUCACCUCGUGACAGUGCCAACAAUCCACGUUGUCUCCAAUUGUUGCCAGUGGAAGAGCUGACACCACAUCAGCCAGCUACACCGGUUUUUGGUACUUCGCCAAGUGGGUUGAAGCCAUGUCAGUAUACCAAUAAGGCUUACUUGUCUGUAAGACUUACAGUUGCUCCGGCGAUGGAUAUUGUUCUCGUCGCCAGCUCCAAUGGCGCGCAAUUGAGGCUGCUCAAGCAGUCUAUGGCUUUAGUAGUGUGCUCGCUGCGUCCCGUAGACCGCUUGGCUAUAGUUAGCUGCUCGUCUACUGCUACUCGUGCAUUUCCACUCAGGUGCAUGUCUGCACAGGGUAAACGAGCUGCUCUACAAGUGAUCGAUCGCCUCUUCUGCGUUGGUGAUGCAGAUCAAGCUGAAGGACUGAGGAAAGGUGUGAAGAUAUUGGAAGAUCGAGCUCACCACAAUCAGCAUGCCCGUAUCGUGUUGUUGUCUGAUGGUCCAGCAGACGCCUUUUCGGUGCCUGAGACGCAAUUUCAAGUGCCAAUCCUUCAUUUCAAUUUCAGAUUUGGGUUUGGUUACAACUCUAUUGAUACCUGCAUUAAACAUGAGUUUGAGGAAUUCUUGGCUGGGUUGCUUGGGGAAGUUAUCAGGGAAACACAGUUAAGAAUUGGGGAGAAGGGGAUGAUGGUUUGGUUGGGUGAAUUGAGGGGAGGAGAAGAGAGGAGAAUUUUAGUAGAUUUAGGUGAAUGUGGGUUGCUGUCUGUUGGGUACAGUUAUGUGGAGGGUGUGGAAGGUGAGGAUUGUUUCAGGACAGGGGAAGUAAUGGUAAGAGUUGGGGAGACCAGUGACCGCAACUUCUCAAGGAGGGACAUGAGCACUGGAGGGAGGUGGAGCAGUGUUGAGAGAUGGGAUUAUCAUGAUCCUUGCAUGGCUAGAAGAUGGGCAAAACGGUUGCAUGGAUUGCUAUAAAGUACAUAUCAAGCUGCAUAUUCUUGUAUUUGCUAAAUUAUUUUGAGUUUCUUUAUUCAUGAUGCCUCUGCCUUUUUAUCUCUUCUGUCAGUAUCAUUUAUGGAUUCUAAGUCACCAUUUGUGAAAAGUUAA